CAAAGUGUACCAAGUCUUUGAUAGAUUCAAAAUUAUAUUUGAUUGAUCAAAGAAAAAUCAUGGGAAUCAAAUUUGGAAUUGUUUUCUUAUUGGGAAUACUCAAUGGCGUUGUUGCAAAAAGCAUAAUUUUUGAAAAUCAGGAUCAACAGACAACUGAGGAAUUAAGUGGUAACACAGAAUGUUCAACAGAAAAUCAACAAACGUCACACGAUACAAAAUGUAACCUGUACUAUCGAUGCAUCUAUGGUAGAAAAAUUUGCAAAGAAUGUCCAGAUGGUAUGAUGUUCAAUCCGCGUAUAGCUAACUGUGACAGCAGUUAUAACGUUGAUUGUGGAUCAUUAGAAACAGAAGAAGACCAUGACAAAUAUAAUAGCGAUUUUUCCGACUACUAUAACAUAGACGAUUUUACUAACUCCGACAUUUUGGAUUCCUAUGAAGUAACAACUCGAAAAUAUACGGAAUGUCCAGAAAAACAAGACCCUUAUGAACCCAGCCCUCUAUUACCUCACGAAGAGAGAUGCAAUGUCUACUACAAAUGUGUUGAAGGUAAAAAGUAUCUCAUGAAAUGUCCAGGAAUGUUCCAGUUCAAUGCCAAAGUGCUAGCUUGUGAUUGGCCGAGGAACGUAAAAUGUCUGGAUAGAUUUAGUACUACGACGGAAGCUACAACUACAGUAACCGAUAAUUCGAAAGAACCAACAACCAAAGAACCUAAGAGUUCGGAACAAUAUUCUCAAAAGACUGAUUAUUUAGAAGAAAUUUCCAAUAAAGAAACUACCUCGAAGACUGAUGAUUUAAAUAAACCAAUAAUUUAUAAGGAUGAAAGUUCAGAACAAUUUGCUAUAAAAUAUUUCAAUAGUCUCUAAUAACUAAAUGACUAGAAGUUCUGACCAUAACGCAUAUAUCAUAAUAUAUUAUUGACUGUGAGAUAUCGUUUUCAAUAAAAUA